CGUUAUAUUUUUCGGUAUAUUUAGAAUUACGAGAAGAUCUUAACUCUUUGUUCUCUUUAAUUUAUUUUUUACCUAUCAAUAACUUCAUAAUUAAUUUACGUAAAAGAUUAAAAAAGAAUACUCCCUAAAAUCACGUAUUACGAAGAUUAUUUGAAAAAUAAAGAAAAAUCAAAUUGAAAUAUUUUAAAUUAUUUGAAAAAUCGCAUUGUAUAAUGUCGAGUCUAAUUCGAUGUUAGAGUUGAUGUGUAAGAAAUGUCGACGUUGAGAUAAGAAUGAAGAUUAUUUGAAAAAUAAAGAAAAAUCAAAUUGAAAUAUUUUAAAUUAUUUGAAAAAUCGCAUUGUAUAAUGUCGAGUCUAAUUCGACGUUAGAGUUGAUGUGUAAGAAAUGUCGACGUUGAGAUAAGAAUGAUAAGUGUUAAAGAAUGAUUAUCAUUCGGUUCAACAAGAUUUGAACAAUUUUUCUUUUUAUCAUUUGAUCGAAUCCAAAAUAUUCCAAACGAUAAUUCUCAUCGUUAUUUUAUUUAUCAAUUUGAAUAAAAAUUGGAAACUUUCCUAUUAACGUUGAAUCAUUAAAUGAUCGAUCAAAUUAUUAAAACGAUAUCCUAACGGUAAUUCUCAUUCGAUGAUACUACCUGUUGAAUUGUUUCUAUCAAGUAUUCAUUAUAAAUAUUUCCUCUUUUUCUUUUCUUUUUUUUUUUCUUUUUUUUUUCCUUUACUCAUCGUCUCUGAAGUGUCUCUUUAAACUCAUGGAGAGCCUACGCAGGUACGUCAGAACAGGAAGCAGGGGAUGCGCGGUGGCAUUCUCGCAGGACGAGGAGUAGUUCGCGAAGGGAAAAGAAAGAAAUGUGGAGAGGGGUAGAUACACGCGCAGGAGGAGUUGGACUGGGCCCACCAGGUGCACGUAUUACCUAUAAGGAUGAGCACGAAACCAAGUGGGAACCAUAUGUUGAUGCGGCGAAGAACUUGCUGGCACGCGCCACACUCAAACUCGAGCCUUUACACCGCGAAGAUCUUCUCGCCGUGUCUUUUAGUUCGUGCUCUUCGAAAGUUCUUUCUGUUGUUGUUGUUGUUGUUGUUUUUUUCUUUUUUUUCUUUUUUUCUUCCUCUUUUUCAAUCGACGAACAGACGGGCGAGGAGAGAUUGGUGAAGCUUCCCUUUUCCUUUUCUUUUCGAUAAAAGAGUGAAUUCUAGAAUAUCGAAGUAACGAAAAAAAAAAAAUAAAAUAAAAUAAAAAAUAAAUAAAUAAAUAAAUAAAUAAAUAAAUAAUAUUCGAACGAUUUCACGAGCUAUGUGUUUCUUAUUCAUUGUGAAAAAUUAGAUAGUAGAAGAUAGAUAAGAAUGACAAGGAUAGAAAUAAUUCGAUCGUGAAAGUGAAAUUCGAUAGAGUUUCCAAGUGAAAUCUAAGCUAGGCGAUGUUAACGAAGAAAAAAAUAUAUUCUAUUUGAAGGAGGAUAUGUACGAGAUUACCGAUGAUCUGAUUUUAAAACGGUACAUGCAGGAUUUCAAUUGAUAAUGGCUCUAUUAUCCAAUCAUCAUAGCGAUUAUCAAUCCUGCUCCUCGGACAUGUUAACGUCCACUUAUUCGACAUCAACUGGAAGGACGUAUGAUCCACUUUAUCCUUCGCCAUAUAAUUCGCCAAAUUGCGAACACGUUAAGACAAUGUACGGGGAGAAUUAUGUGUACAAAGGUGAAUUAACGCCACGAAGAGAACUUGAGAAUCUUGAUUAUGCGAAAAAUUUGGAAACAGAGUAUUCGAGAACACCUGAGGGAUACGAAAGAGGACCUUGUGGUGUUUUGACACCCGUUACACCACAACGAUACGAGAGUCAACAUCAUAUGGAUCAUGGAAUGUCACCUAGAACUACCUUGUACGAGGAUAAUUCAAUGGAAUAUCAUCCGACGGCUUACUGUUAUGAGAAUCUCGCGCAAAAACCUAAAUAUCAAUCUAUGGAGAGUGACAAGACAGUUUGUACGAUUGUCGAGUCGCGAAGAAAUUGUUGGGACGCGAUAUCAUCGACGGUUCAGAAAAAUCAAUCAUCUCCUACGACACAGCCAAGAAGAGGAAGACGACGUUCGAGCGAUGUACCCCCAUCACCGAGUGUUCUCAAAAGGCGUAGAUUGGCUGCGAACGCACGGGAGAGACGUCGCAUGAAUGGUUUGAACGACGCCUUCGAUAAAUUGCGCGAGGUUGUACCAAGUUUAGGAGCCGAUCAUAAGCUCAGUAAAUUUGAGACUCUUCAAAUGGCUCAAACAUAUAUCGCCGCACUUUGUGAAUUACUCGAGAAACACGAUGGAAAAAGAUAAAAAGGUGAGCUCGAUCAAAAGUUUCUAUUCGUUUGUCUUAAAAAUUUCUUAUCAAUUAUUAUCGAUAGAUGCCGAAUUAAUAUUGUUACUAAUUAUAAUUUAUUUCUGAGUCAAGAGUAUAUAUAUAUAUAUAUAUAUAUAUACUCUUAUUUUGGGUACAAAGUGUAUCUAAAAAUUGUAGUACAAGCCAAAAAGGAUUGAUUCAUCGUGCAAAUAAUAAAUUGCAAAUGUAUAAUCAUAAUUUUCUUUUUUUUUUUAUUGAAUAUUGUUUUCAAGAAAAUCAAUAAUAAAAUUUCAAAUCAAGUACACGUGCAUUUGAAACGUAAUGAAAAUCAAUUUCGCAUUUAAUUAUUAUAUUUCUAUUCAUAAACAAUAUCGUGACUUGGUAUGAAUUAUAUUACUACGUUAAAUCUCAAUGAUACGGUAAUUAAAGUAAUUAAUUUUUUAUAUUACAAUUUAAUAAAUAAUCGUUAGGCUAUGUAAUAUUUUAAAGUCAGUUACAACGAACAGGAUCACUGAACUUUAAUUCGUCAAAAUACACGAUUACUUGAUUUGUAAAUAAUGUAUUUCUAUAGUAUAAAGUAUGAAUUACAAUAAACUAUAAAUCUGCGAAUGAAUCGUUAAGAUGCUGAAUAUCUCGUAAACGAUAUUAAUUUAAUUAAAUAUAAUUUUAAUCGCAAAUGACCAUUAUUAUGUAAAUAUGCAAAAAAAAAAAAAAAGGAAAAAAUAUAAGUAUCCAUUUAAACGAACUAUGUUAACUUCAUAAAUUGAAAAAGUUACGAGGUAAAAAAAGAAAAAUAAAUUGUUUAAAUGCAUUUUGUAGUUGACUCAGAACCGUGCAAAUUUUUUUUAUUGAACUUUCAAUCGAAAUAUUUUCUUGGACGGACACCCUAUAUAUAUAUAUAUUAACUAUAUUAAUAAAUAUAUUUAUAUAAGUAUUAUAUAAGUUACAUAUUAUAUAUAUAUUAUAAUAUAAUAUAUAUAAUAAUAAUAAUAUUUAUAAUAUAAUAUAAGUUGAAGAUGAAUUAAACGUAGAUAUAGAUUUUCUGGACAAUCCGAUAUAAAAAUUAAUUGAUAAAUUUCAUUUGAUAAAUAUUAGAUUGGAAAAGAAAAAUUGUGAUUUUCAAUUUGCGACGACUGAUUAUGAAUAGAUCGUAGCUUAAUUAAUAUAAAAAGUGAGUUGAUAAUUCUACGUCGAAGGAUGUGCCAUUAGAAUGUUAAUAUUCCUGAUUUGGUCUGUUCACUUUUAUCAUCAUGUUCCUUCUUAUCAUUAACUUAGAAUACUUCUUUUCUUUUUUUUUUUUUUGAUAAUGUAAAUAUAUACCUAUUAAAUAAUAUUUAUUACGACAUCUGGUCUGUGUACCUAAAUAUAAUAUUUUUAUUAUACUUGUAUAGAAUAAAUGUGUGCGACUAACGGUGUCCAAAGAUUAAUCAUAAUGAAGAUUGAUUUUACAUUAAUUUUUGUAUAAGAUAAUUUUAUUGUACAAUGACGUAUACAAUUAUGUAUUUCCCUUUAAUUUUUACUAUUUCCGUCCCAUUCAUAAGAUAUUCCACACACACACACACACACACACACACACACACAUACAUAUAUAUAUAUAUAUUACAAUUAAUUUCUAAGCAAAGCGCAAAGGAUAUGUUCUUAUAGAUAAAUAUUAGAAAAUUAAGGAGAUAUACAGCAUCAGACCAAAGAAGUAUUUAUAUAAAUCAUAACUUAGUGUGUCAUUGCGAUUACUUUUUUUUUUUUUCCUAACAGUAUUCCCGAUAGAUUUUUUAAGCACGACUUGAAGAAAUGUUGUAUUCUUGUAUUA